AUGAUGGUCACUUGCCUGCUUCUCUCCAGCCUCUGGACCAUUGCCUCAGGCUCUGUGCAGGUGAUGCACAGAAAGGUCCAGUCGGUUCAGGCAGGAGGAAACAUUACCUUUUCAUGCCGCUUGGUCACGAAAGAAGAUGUGAUACAGGUAACCUGGCAGAAGGAGACAGACGGUGCUGAAGACAACAUAGCAACUUACAGUAUGAUGAAUGGCCAAAAGAUAGCAGAGGACUAUGUCAGCCAUGUGAGCUUUGCCCACAACGAGUUACAAGCCUCAGCCAUCUCCCUUCAUGGAGUCACCCUCCAAGAUGAAGGAUGCUACAAAUGCAUCUUCAACACAUUCCCCUUGGGGGCUGUCACUGGCAGGAUGUGUCUCAAGGUUUACGCCAUCUUCAACCCCAAAGUGGAGGCAAAGAUUAUACCCAGUCCAGACAAAGCUGAGGACUCUGAGAAAGUGGUACAGAUGAGCUGCUCAGCAACAGGGAAACCAGCUCCAAAAAUAACCUGGCAGCUUCCCAGUAUCCUGCAGCACAAACCAAGGGAGUACCAUGUCAAGUUCAGCAACCAGACCGUGACUGUCAUCAGCAAUUUCACCCACACCCACAUCAAAAUCCUCCAGGAGUACCCCAUCACCUGUGUGAUCCAGCACCCUUCUCUAAACGUGACCCUGGUCCUGCCCAAGGACAGCCUGUCACAGGGUCCAGACAGCAGCAUGACACCAGCCGUUGCCAUUGCACUUGGAGUGCUCAUUCCCCUGACUUCCCUCCUCCUUCUCACCUGCCUCCUCUGCCACUGCCUCAAGCACCUACCUGACCCAGAGAGAAACCUAGCCUGGCCAUGCUGGGAUAUGCCUAGCAUGUGCACCCUGACUUUUGAUGAGCAUUUUGGAGAAAAAGAAGCAGUGGAGGAAAAGCCUUCCAUGGGUGCUGUGCUACUAGGUCCAAGCUGA